CUGUACCUACAUCUAUAACUGACACUCAUAUGCCACUUACAUCUUCUGCGUGCGUUCACAAAGGUUCAAACAUGACAGCGAAUUCCAGCAAACUAGACGACGCCACAAUCAGCUUUUUGCAGAACUUUGAAGCCGGCGUCGCCAUCUCGGUUUUUUACAUAUUCAUCACUGCCAUUAACUUGUUAGGAAAUGGCCUGUCCAUGUGGCUUCUCCUCUUCCGUACCUCCCCCAAGACUCCCUCCAUCAUCUUUAUGAUAAAUCUUACUCUCACUGACAUGGCUCUCGGUGCUGCACUGCCAUUUCAGAUCUCCUACCAUCUCCAAGGAUAUCAAUGGAAUCUGGGACCGAAUAUGUGCAGUUUUCUAACCCUCGUUUUCUACGCCAACAUGUACUGUUCCAUCCUAACAAUGAUGGCCAUCGGUAUUGACCGCUAUCUGGGCAUUGUCAGGCCCAUGCUGUUCAGGCGGAUCAGAAAGAAGAAGUCCAUCACCAUCAUCAGCUGCCUCAUUAUGUGGGCAUUGGUCCUGAGCACUCUGUAUCCAUUGAUGACCACAGAUCUGACCUAUCAUGUCCCUCAGCUCAACAUUACCACAUGCUUUGACGUACUGAAGGCAAACAUGCUUCCAUCUGUGGCGGCCUGGGCAGCCUUCCUCUUCACCAUGGUGUUUGUCCUCUUUCUCCUUCCGUUCUGUGUGACAACAUUCUGCUACGUCAGUGUCAUACGCAAGCUGGCCAGUGAUUCAAAGACAUCCCAGAAAAAGAGGGCAAUACGUCUGGCACUCAUCGUUCUCGUAGUCUUCACAUUCUGUUUUGCGCCAAACAAUUUCCUCCUGUUGAUACAUAGUGUGCUAAGACUCUACUAUAAGAAGUCUGUCUACACCGCCUACAAGCUGUCUUUGUCUUUCAGCUGUCUAAAUAGCUGCCUUGAUCCAUUUAUUUACUACUUUGCUUCUAAGGAGUUCAGACAGAAGUUGAGAGCGAUAAUAAAUCUGCACAGUUUGAGCAGCGGAGAUUCAAUGAAGAUGGAGAACAAAGAAACUUUGUGCUCUGCACAGUGAGGUUAAAAAAGAGGACAGAGAAUAGUGUCUUUGGAACCACAGUCACCACAGCAUAGAGAGCGAGUGGGUCAAAGGGGAACAAAAGGCUUGAGAAAGGAAGUGUGAUCAAAACAGAGACUGAGAGCAGGUUUAUUCUAAGCCAGUCAAGCUCUUAUACCAUCUUGCCUUGAGUCAGUUUUUGAAGUUAUUUGUAAAAGUGUGUGUGUGUGUGUGUGUGUGUGUGUG